CGGCGGGGUGAGAGGUUGGAGGUCGGCGCGGCGGCACGGAAGUGGAAGUGGAAGGUAUCUCAGCGCUGCCUUCCAUUCUGCCUCAGCCCGCGGCGCGCACGAGGCGAUCCCGCCUGGCUCUGCGCUUCUCGGGCCGCCAUCGCGCCCCAUCGCCAUGAGCCUGCCGCUCAACCCGAAGCCCUUCCUCAACGGGCUGACGGGGAAACCGGUGAUGGUGAAGCUGAAGUGGGGGAUGGAGUACAAGGGAUACCUCGUCUCCGUCGACGGCUACAUGAACAUGCAGCUUGCAAACACAGAAGAGUACAUCGAUGGAGCACUGUCUGGACACCUGGGAGAAGUUUUGAUAAGGUGCAAUAAUGUUUUGUACAUCAGAGGUGUGGAAGAAGAGGAAGAAGAUGGAGAAAUGAGAGAAUGAUGAUUUGUAUAUCUGGAAAUAAAGGGUUUUUUUUCUUUUUUUUUUUUUCUUUUCCACAA